ACUACAUAAAAGAAAACGGUUUAAGGACUUUUAACCAUAUUUUCACUUGUUUUGCCAUAUGUAAUAAAAACGUCGCAUAAAACUUGAUAUAAGGGAUAGUAUUUCUUUUAAUGUACACGUUUUGAAUUAAGUUAUAUAUAGACACUAGUAAAUAAGUUAUGUUGAUAUGACUAUGGCUGAAAGAUACUACUGUGACCAUUGUACCGUAGCUGUAUCAGUUACCCAUCUUUUUUACCCAAUGAGUCAUUUGAAAACGUCAGACUUAUUGUGAUUUUGCUUAUUUGAAGGGAUUAUUUAAUAAUACGCCGCGUCUAUUUGGAUAAAUCUCGCGCAAAAUCAAAAAGUAGGUCAUCUAGCUUACCAAUAAGAAGCUUUUUUUUUAUUACAGUUUCGAAAGAAACAUUUUAGUUCAACCACGAACUAUAAAUGAACGAGUAACGGAAAUUAAUUGUUAAGCAAAAAGUUGCUAUUGUAGUAAGUUGGAAUAAACAUUUUAAAUUUAUUUAUAUUUGAGAUCAGUGAAAAAAGUUAUAUUGACAAGUUAAUUAGGAUGUAUGUUAAAGACUCUUGAUACGAAAUCUAGUGCGACACUCGUUUAUACAAAGUAUUGUAAAGUGUAAUGUGCUAAGUUGAACUUAUCAUGUAAAUAAUUAAACAAUAUGAAGUACUUAUUACUGCUAGCGUAUUAUAUAUAUCUCAUUAAUGCAACAAAUUUAAAUCAUGAACCUGAGGAAUAUUGUCAGUCUAAACAUAAAAAUGUGUUGGAUUGUUCAGGUAAUGAAAAUUUGACAUUAUUGAAAAUAUGUGACUUUGUUUUUAAUGUUUCUGUCCGAGCCAAUUUUACAGUAUUGUACCUCGAACGGAAUGGAUACGAAACAAUCACACGAGAGGACGUAAAAGGUUGCAGGUCUAUUAUAGACUUGCAUAUUGGAGAAAACAAAAUAAGAAAUAUUGAAGAGCUUUCUUUCGCAAACUUUAGCCAUCUGAGGCUGCUUAACUUAAGCUUCAACAGGUUGGAUAUUUAUAAUGACAAUAUGAAAUUGGGAUUUACACUUCCAAAGACGCUACAACAGUUGACGCUAAACGGGAAUCUGAAUUAUUCCAAAGAAAGUGAUCAAGAAUAUCCAAAUUUAUCGGAUCUUUCUCGUUUGGAAGUACUGACCAUAGAUGGACUCCAAAAUAAACAUUUUCCUAUAUCUUAUCGGGAAAUGGAAACAUUACAUACUGUAUCAUUGUCAGGGUUGACAGCAGGGAUGACAGGAAUUUGCAAUAUUAUGUAUGUAACGAACACCACAUUUCAAAAUCUUAUUCAUGUUAGAAUCUUGAAUGUGUCGUAUUGUGCAAUACUUAACAUUCAUGCUGGAGCAUUUGAAAAUCUUCUUAAUUUAGAAGUUUUAGAUUUGUCUGGGAAUUUUCAACUUGGAUUCCAUAAUUUGAGAAACGUAUCUUACAGUUUGCAAUUCACGAAUAUCAAAUCGUUAAAUUAUUCUCACGUUUAUACAACAUUUGGGAUAGGAAAUCAAGUCAGUAUUGAAGACAUGUGUUACCUCUGGAAUACUUCAAUCACUGAACUUGUUUUAAAUAGUAAUAAAAUUGAGUUAAUUGAAAAGAACGCCCUGAUAUUGGUACCAAACACUUUAGAAAUUUUUCGAGCAGAAGAUAAUAAGUUCACCUUCGGUCCAUAUUUUCUUCAGUUAGGGUGCUUCACAAAUGUAAAAGAAUUCUAUGGAAAUUACCAAAAUAUUGCUCAUGAUCCGACUUUAUAUGAAAAAGAACCUAAAAGAAGUAUUCCUGAAAUGAUUACCACUACUUCAACUUGUCCAUUUGCUCAAGCAAAGUUUCUUCUGAAAAUGAGCGAAAAGAAAGGGAACGAAUGUCACUACUUUGACGAAGAUGACAAUUAUUUGAGAAUUAAUCUACCGAUAUUUCCAAAACAUCUGACAAGAUUAGAAUAUUCUAAUUGUAACAUGCAGUACAACUUAUCGAGUUUCCUGAUACUUCCAACGCCUCAUCCAAUUGAAUACAUUGAUGCUUCGGCUAACAUUCUUUACUCUUGGGUUGGACCGAUUGGCCCGUUUCCAAAUAUCACAUAUCUGAAGUUAUCGCGCAAUUAUUGCUCCCAUGUUGGGUUGAAUUUCUUUGACGGUUUUAUUAACGUUGAAAACCUACAGCUUCAAGAGAACUUUCUUGGAUUAGUUCUUUCGAAUGAUGAUUAUGGACCUUUUAUAUUUAACAAGUUAGCGAAUGUUAAGUUUUUGAAUUUAUCAUCAAACAUUAUUUCAAAGCUACAUGAAAAUGUAUUUUUUAACAUGUCUCAACUCGAGACACUAGACCUCAGUGUAAACAACAUUGAAUCAUGGACUGCUGAGGUUACUGAUUUAAACAAUCUGAUACAUUUAAACUUGAGAUUGAACUCUAUUCAUUUGCUCCCGCGCAAACUGAUGGAGAAAAUGGAAUCAAACGCAAAACGUUUACACAAGCACUUUACAAUUGAUCUUACAAACAACUCAUUGCCAAUAGGUUGUGAUUCUAAGCAAAUUGACUUUUUAAAAUUUUUGGUAAAGUAUCGGAGAAACAUGAAAAAUUUCGAUAAUUACUCAUUCCAGAACAAAUAUGGUGACAGUAUAAAUGCAGAAGAAUUUAUAAAGGAAGUGAUCAACCUUGAUAAGAAUUGUCGAAAAUACGAUUUAGUAAUUGUUGUCUGUUCAAUUGGAAUAUCUGUGUUCCUUUCGGUUGUUAUUGGUGGGAUGGUUUACAGAAAUAGAUGGAAAUUAAGGUACCUAAUGCGGAUGACAAAAAUAAAACAUUUUGGUUAUACUAGACUAGAUCACCAGUCAAACGACGUGUUUAUGUACGAUGCGUUUAUAUCAUAUGCUAACGAAGAUUUACGUUUUAUUCUUGACAAGAUGAUCCCAAAACUAGAAGAACAACACUUAAAAUUGUGCUUGCAUGACAAACAUUUCUUACCUGGCAACGAUAUUGCUGACAAUAUUAUCCAAGCCAUUAGGAAUAGUGCAAAGACUGUGGUCGUUCUAUCGAAAGAGUUCUUGAAAAGAAAAUGGUGUGUGUAUGAGUUUAAUAUGGCGAGAAUGGAAAGCAUUUACUCUCGAGGAGGGACUAAUUGCCUUAUUAUUAUUGUCCUAGAAGAUGUACCGGCUAGGAACAUGUCAAAUGAAAUGUUGGACUGGAUGAAAUCAAACACGUUUAUUGAGUACACAGCAGAUGCUGAAGGGGAAAUUUUAUUUUGGGACAAUUUUCUGCUUGCACUGAACAAGUAAAUGCUAAUGCUGAAUACAUUCAGAUCUGUUCAAUAUUAUCAAACUUUUUCGACAAAAUAAAAUGAUUUCGUUUUAUUACUAUCAAUUGUUGAUAAGGAUUGCUGACCGCGUGGGUGUUAAACCCUGUCGGGGAAAAGCCGUUGUUUCCUUGAGCAAGAAUCUUUACAUUCAUUGCUUAGUACUGGUUGGUUCCAGGAACGGAUUCGAGAGUGCUUCAACACAAUCGAACUAAAAUAAAUUUGUAUAAACUUAUUGUUGAUUUUACAUAAAACAAUUCAAAUUAGAAGUAGGUGUAUAGAGUUUUCUUUUUAUUUUACAACUUUUAUAAUUCUGGGAAGGGCUUAUUCUAAUGUUGCUAGAAAUUGUUGCCUUACCCAUUUGCAUUUUGUUAUAUACUUAUCAUUUGUAUAAUAUUUUUUAAAUGUAUUUGAUGCAAUAGAUUUUAUUUUAAUAUAAUCAAUAAAUGUAAUGUGUAAAUGUGCGUUUGGGUAUGAAAGCGUGCAUAAUGUGUGUAAGCGAUGUUAUGUGUGUUCGAGUUAAAGGGAUGAUAUAUUCAUUUGCUUGUGUAACCUAACACGGAGUGCUUUUACCGUUGCAUGCACGUGCAAUUAGCACAUACAGUCAAAACUCUCUUCAAUAGCCAGCCAAGGGAUGCAGUCAUUUUGGCUGCUUAAGACAGGGUGGCUGCUGAAUGGAGGAUCACGUAAUUUUUUCAAUAUACAUAAUGUAUUAUCUUUAUAUCUUUAUGUUAAGCAAUACUAUCUUUUACUUAUGUGUUAACCAAAUGUACAUGUAUUUUUACUAUGUCAUUAUUUCUCCUUUAAAGUAAAUGAAAUGGAUAUGUUAAUUGCAUGUAUAUCAAAUGAUUUAUUCAACCCAACUCUUUCACUGCAGAUACUAGUUUUUGAAUGUUCCCAUAACUUGACAAAUGACAUUCACAGCGCACAUGUUUAGUUUAUGCAAAUAUUAUAAGUGAUAACUAUUAACUUGUUAAGUUGUUCAUUCGACUUUAAUUGACAUUUAGGAUUAUAGAGUUAAUUCUCAUUUGCUACAAUGCAAUCACGUGACGCACCAAAUAACAAGAAUUUUCUAUAAAUACAUCCAACAUUUAAGUUUAUAAAGUUAAAGUAUGUAAAGUUCUACAAUAUAUGAUGUCUGCAGCUAAAACAAGGAAUACACUCUAUAAUCUAAAAUGUGAAUAUUUUUCUGAACAAGACAAAAUGUCGGAAGCGUAGAAAAACGUUUAUUUUUAUUUCAUUGAUUGUAUGUGUAUGUACUUUACAAAUUGUUUUGACAGAGAAUAACUUCAAAAUAUACGAAAUGAAAAAAAUAUUUUCCCAAGAGUGAAUAGUGGCGUGUAUUGCUAGACGGUAAAAGCUCUGCUGAAAAUAGCAGCAUUAUAGUUCGUGCUGGUGAAGCUGUUAGUCUUUUUACGUACAAUAUUUAUGUGUGUUUAAUAACAGAGAUAUUUUACUUCACAACCAUUCCGAGAAUCAGCUAUUGCAUUAUAGAAACAACAUACCCUUUAUCCUUUACAUAUUUUAUAAAAUAAAUAUGUCAAGGGAUAUAGCUUUACAUUGCCAUUAAUAAACCUAAUAUGUUAACACUCAAACAAACAAUCCCUGUUAUAUAAUAACUUCAAAUAUUAAUUCACAUAUUCGCUUUCAGUAUUUGCAAAAGAAGAAUGUUAUACAUAUCACAAAAUGUUAUAUUUAAAAAAAAAGAUAAGCAAAUUAUGAGUUAUAUAUUAAUAAAAUAAGAAAGAUAGAAAAUUCAGCAGUAUUUUUCUUUUACAAGUAUAAACCUAAACACGACAAAAUAGAUAAAUGUUGUGUUGUUGUUAAUGUU